GCUCCGCCGCCGCUCCCCGGAGCCGCGCUCGGCCUCCAGCCGCCGCGGGGCAGCGGGGCCCUGCCGGCGGCCCCAGAGCGGGGCGAGCUGCGGCUGCGAAAGGGGCUGCCGGGCGCGGGUCGCUCUCGGGAAGGGGAGGCCCGUGACGGGCACGGGGGCCCGCGCACGCCUCGGCCGCCGCGGCGCUGGUCGCUACGGCGACGGAGCCGCCGCCUUCCCGGCGAGCCCCGCGCCGCCAUGGCCGCCGCGCUGGAGACUUACCGCGGGCGCGACCGGGUGGUCCGCGCCGUGUGCUACGCGUGCCGGCUGGCGGGCGGAGCGCUGGCCGGGCCGCGGGAGCCGCCGGCGGGGCUGGCCCGCAGCCUCCUGGCCGCGUCGUCGCAGCUGAGCGCCUGCCGCGCCGGGCUGCGCCUCUUCGAUGACUUCGCCGCGCUCCGACGCAGCUUCAGCUACGGGCUGGGCCCCGAGGACGAGGACGGCCUGGUGCGGGGGCUCUCGGUGCUCUGUAACCUGGCCGACCAGCUCUACUACCCCUGCGAGCACAUCGCGUGGGCGGCUGACGCCGGCAUCGUCCGUGCCGGCUCGCAGAAGUGGUGGACUGUGAGCACGGCGCUCUGGGCCUGCUCCGAGCUGCUGGGCGUGCUGCGAUCCCUGAGAAUCCUGUUCCAGUUAAGAAGAAAGCUGAGGCUGCACAAGUGUACGUCACCAGCUCAGAGCAGAAAGGAGGUGAAAGCCCAAGUGAAGGCCGAGGUUCUGAGGCUCCUCACGGGCAUGGCAGAUCUCUCCAAUGCCAUCCACUGGCUGCCUCCGGGCUUCCUUUGGGCUGGACGCUUUCCCCAGUGGUUGGUUGGUCUCCUGGGCACCAUAACUUCCCUGAUUUACAUCUACCAGGCAUCUGCAAGAGGAAAAUCUGAAGCUGUGUAAUUAAGCUUCAGGAGCUCAUUGUUUAUGUGUUGAAAUCACCUGUAGUGAGGUGGGGGGUGCUUUAAAUUACCAGGGUGUUGGUGAUUGUCAUUUCCUGUACCUGGGACUGUAGUCACAAUGGCUAUGACACAGAGGAUUGGUUGUAGUUAACAGUUUGUAUCACUUUUCACCAGAGAAAUCUUUCAGAUCUUCUGAAAAUCAAGAAAUCUCCUGGGAUUGGUAAAAUAGAGGGGAAAGCAGUCACUGUCCCAAAAGACAAAUGCCAACCCUCCAGGCUUCACUGUCACUUGAAAGAGCACAAAGGCAGCAUUGGGAGGGGAACAGCCACGGUUCUGCCACGUGGAACCCCCCAGGGAUGGAUCCUGCGUUUGGGGCUCGGGGCUCAGCCCUUGGUGCCUCAGCUGAGCCUGGGUGGGAGUGUUUUGGUGCCUCAGCUGAGCCUGGGUGGGAGUGUUUUCCAUCUGAUAUUUUGGUGCUUGAGCCCAGAGCAGGUGCCUCAAGCACAAAGCAGGAGCCAGCAGUCAUUUUGUCUGCAAUGGCUGGGUUUCCUUUGAGGCAGAGGGGAAGGCUGUGAGGCAGGGCCUUGCACAGGCUGUUUCUAGUCUGCGUUGCUCGUUUAAGGAGAAAUGUUGGGAAGUUGAGACUUCCUGGGUAAGUGAGGAGCAGCAGCGAGGCUGCAGCUGUGCCUUCUCGGGAUGCCACCGGGUGGAGCCCUUCCACCAGGCUCCGGCACCAUCCCACGGACAAAGAGCACGUUUAUAUAAUCACCUUUCCAGGGACCAAUCACACCAGUGCCGAGCUGAGUCUUGCAAUUCUUGUUUCGAGGCGGUGCCUACAAUAAAUGAGACAAAAGCUUGA